AUGCAUAUGGAAUCUGUUUCUAUCAAUCAAUGUGCUUUUCUAACAUGUUCUCAUUCUCCUCAAUGUACAACUCAAAAUAAAACAUGUUGUGCAUAUAUUCUCAAGCACUCACUUCUCUUCAUUGAUACUUUUUUCAAACAUCACAAUUUGUCAUAUGUAAUUAUCUAUGGUACUCUUCUUGGUGCUGUGCGUAAUAAAACUAUUAUUCCUUGGACAAAAGAUAUUGAUAUUGGCAUUCUUAACAAGAGAUAUCUGUUGACCAAGAAAAUUCGUGAUGAACUCUACCAAAAUGGAUUUCAUCUAUUCAAGACUCUUGGCCUACCUCGUCUAUGUGUUCAUAGAAACAAUUCUAAUACAAUGCUUCUUGCUACACAAGAUAGACAACACAAACCACCAGCGUCAAUCUCCGAAGUACAAGCUUAUAUUGAUCUAUAUUCCGUGUCUAAAAUAAAUGGUGCACAGACAACAUCGAACACUUCAUUAUUUUCAGUUCAAUCUAGUAGUUCACAUCAAUCACUUAUUUCUUUUCAAAAUAGAAUCACAAUCGAUGAACAAACCUUUCCUACUAUUGAUAAUAUUGAAGAACAUCUUGUUUAUUUCUAUACCAAAGAAUAUAUGCAUGAUAUUAUGUGA